AUUCGUGUUUUGACGUUUGAAGUGGCAACAAAAGCAUUUUUUCAAAAGCAGUUUAAUUCAUUCAAAAGUGUUGAUAAAGUAAAAUUUAGAAAAAAAUGUCAAUCCAAUUUAAAAAAUAUCGACUAGAAAGAAGUGAAAAUUUCGAUGAAUUCAUGAAAGAACUUGGUGUUAAUUUUCUUGUGAGAAAAAUGGCAAACACUGUUACAUCAACUGUUCAACUGGUGAAAGAAGGCGAAAACUCUUAUUCAUUUAACACUGUGUCAACAUUUCGCAAUCAAACGUUGAAAUUCAAUCUGAACGAAGAAUUCGAGGAAGAAAGAAUGGACGGAAAAAAGGUCAAAUGCGUAGUGACGUUUGAAGGGAAUAAAAUGAUUCAACAUCAGUUAGGCGAUAAGUCAGUUCGUAUUGAAAGAGAGUUCAACGACGAUGAGCUUAUCACAAAAUGCAUCGUGGGAAAUGUUGUUGCUACCCGUUGGUUCAAAGCAGUCAGUGAAUAACUUUGGAAUUUCGAAUUUAAAAUAUGUAAUAUUAAAUCGUCAGGGUCAGGCAUUUAUACAAAUUUCUUUAGCCUUUGGAGAAACAUUUUCUUACACAUUUUUUUUUAUUUUUCCGUUAAUUAACAAGCAAUCAUGUUACUACAUACAUGUGUGUAGAUAAUUAAUUCAUUCAUUAUGUUUUGAAUGAUCAAUUACUGAAAGUAAAUUGUAAUGCAAAUAUAUGCAAGAAUAAAAUCAUUAAAGUUUUUGAAUAAUUAUCAA